CAACGCGCGGGCUAUCGUCAUUAUCCAAUGUCAUCAUCACGCAUUAUCGAGGCAGCAUUAUCUGCUUCCCCAGCCGAACAUGAACAACGAAAUUCCCAUUACUGAAAGAAGUAAUGAGUUAACCGAAGAUAUUGACAAAGCAAGCGUCGAUGAGAUUGUUAGACUUUUGAAGAAAUGUGAUCUUGAAAUUUUUAAUGGUUGGGGAAAUUACCGAAAUGAAAGCAUACUCUCUACAACAUUCGUGUCAAAAGUCCACGAAAUAUGCCACAUUUGCGCAGAAUAUGUAAAUGUCGAAGGCGCGGAAAACUCGUGCGUUGUCAUCAGCGGAUGUGGUAGCUCAGGCAGACUUGCGUUUUUGCUCACGCGUACAUUCAACAAGUUUUUAAAAGAGCACAACCUGAAACAGUGCUACAAAUACCUUAUAUCUGGUGGCGACCAUGCUCUUGUUACAUCUUUUGAGUCGAUUGAGGACAAUUGGAAUGCUGGGAAGAAUGCUUUGAUGAGGGCGACCGAAGAAUUUGACAGGGUGCUCUUUAUUGGUAUAACAUGUGGUUUGUCAGCUCCUUUUGUUGGAGCCCAGGUGGAAUAUUGCCUGCAAAACCUGAAUAAAUUUACUCCUUAUCUUUUGGGCUUCAACCCAUCCACUCAAGCACGAAUAUGUCCCAUUAGUGGGACUGAAAAAGUAAUGCAAGACAUAGUCAUAGAAAUGGAAGGGAAGGGAAAUCUUCUUAAUCCUAUAGUUGGUCCGGAGCCCAUCACCGGCUCCUCAAGAAUGAAAGCGGCAACAAUGAUAAUAAUGGAAGCUAUGUUUCUUGUAGCGUAUCAAUUAUUUUGUGGCAGACAUAAACUCUUUGGUUAUGCGGCUAUUUUGAAAACAUUUGAGGAAAUGCUGAAUGCUGUUCAUGAAAACCAUGACCAAAUUUCCAUGUUAUUAAGUAUGGCAGGAAGUUCUCUUCUGCAUAAUGGUAGCAUUUCAUAUGUGUGCUGGGGUGCAGCGGGAAUUGUGGGAAUGAUAGAUGCAGCCGAGUGUGUAGCAACUUUUGGCGCUAAUCCUAAAGAUGUAAGGUGUUUUCUAAAAGGUGGUUAUGAAUAUCUUGGAAAUUUUGAAGGAGACUUAUCAACUAAAGGCAUGGGAUUUGAACUGAGUAUAGACCACUUUAUGAAGAAUGAGUGUUCUAAACUGCGCAGUAGUGAUAUGGUGAUAUUUAUACUACAAAGGGUAAAAUCUGACGAAUUACCAGAAGUAAUACAAGCCUUAAAGUUAGUAAAAUCGCGUCAAGCUAACAUUACCAUUAUCACUACAAAGAACCACGCUAGUUUCCUUAAACGCAUACGAGAAACCUUGGGCAAUUUGCUAACAAUUAUUAUUGAUUUUCCAACAAUUAAUGAUCAUGAAGUGGGUAACGAUUUGUCACGAUUGCUUCGCGAGUGUCAUACGGAGCUAGCUAUGAAGUGGAUACUGAACGCGGUCUCAACUGGAGCGCAUAUUUGUAAGGGAAAGGUUUAUAGGAACUGCAUGAUCGACUUGAAACUCACAAACAGAAAGCUCUUUGAUAGAGGCAUCAGAAUUCUCCAACAGUUUUUCAACAUGAGCAGAGAUGAAGCUGAAAAAUGUUUAUUGAAGUCCAUCUACAGAGAUGACGUACUUCCGCUAGAACAACCAAUAUCAAGGAAAGUUUCUGAUCACGUGACUAGAGCAACUGGACUGACAAAUGUCAUUCCGUUGGCUAUACUGAUUGCAAAAGGUUUUAAUGUACAAUCUGCUUUGAAAAGUCUUCAGGAAUGUCCAGUUGUCAGUAAAUGCAUUGAAGACCUCGUCAAAUAGUUAAAAUUGUUCUUCGAGUAGUUUUCACUUCGAACACCAAAAUAAAUUUUGUUAACUUCAAAGUUCUUCAGCAAAUUUUAUCGCAAACUAAUUUCAUUGGAUGGAUUCAUCUCGCCAUUCACCUCACCUGAACCGGACGUAUGCUUCACUGUAAUUGGUCGACUAGCGUGUUGUGUUCUCAAACAUUGACCAAUCACACAAACUUCCAAUUCUCUCUACCUAAGCGUACGAUAAAAGAUCCAAAUUUGCACAUUUGUGCACUUAUUUGCUCCAGUUUAUUCUUGAACUAAGGACAUUCAGUACUUCAUCUAAUGACAACGUAUAAACACCUAUCUCGUCCAAGGCCUCACGCAACUUAUUCUCCAUUUGCUCGCGUCUACUUUCGUCCACAGUAUGUUUUAACAGAACAGCCGAGCCUGGCAUCAGAUUCAAUAAGACAAUCGCGUCCUUUAACCUGCAACAAAAGAAAGAAGUUCCCAUAAACUGAAGUCGUACCUAGCUAAAAUCUAAACAUACGAACAUAAUAUGAAUGAAGGUAUAAUUCAAUAAUUCAAAAAAAUUACUUAAAAUUCUUUUUUUUAAAA